CCUCUUUGUGACUCGUUUUUACUUCGUCUAGUCAGCAAGAAGCACAAGAGGAAACAUGCAGUACAACGUGAACAAUCACAUAUUUUAUUCCGAAAACGACGUUGUUCAUCGUGAACAACAGUGCCAAUGGGAAAUAAUGCAACCAUCAACUUCAUCUCUGGAAGCCCAAGAGACUCGCUUAACAGAACAAGAAUCCGUGAAUAAUAGAAAAAAAUCUUUUUCUUCUUCUUCUUGUAAUCAAGAAUCGACUAAGAAACAACGAAAACGAACCAGAACUGCAUAUACGAGCUUUCAGUUAGUAGAGCUCGAAAAAGAGUUUCGAAAAGGACGUUAUCUUUGCAGACCUCGAAGAAUAGAAAUGGCGGAAAGUUUAUUUUUAACGGAGAGACAAAUCAAAAUAUGGUUUCAAAAUCGCCGUAUGAAGCAUAAAAAAGAAGAGAUCUUAAAGAAUCCGUGUAAUACAAUGGAACAUAACGAAACGAAUGGGAGUUAUAAGAUGAAGAAAAGUCGGAAAACACGGACUGUGGAACCGAUAUCUACUCAUCAAUAUGUUCCUCCAUCCAAUCCUAUACCAAUGGUUGCUUAUCAGCAACCAUGUCUACCAACAUACAUUGAAAAUGAACAUAUAGAAACUGGAAGUUCUAAUUGUAUUCAACAAUCUUCAUAUUCGUCAUAUAGACAACCCAUGUAUCCUCAGGAAAAUUGCAUGCCUCAGAUACCAAUGGAAAAUUAUUAUUUAAAUAAUAAAUGGCAGCAAAAUUCCAUAAACGCAGCUCUACCAACGGUAGAAAAUAAUUAUUCCUAUAUUUCAACGGAAAUGCAAGCUCCAACUACGGAAGUGCCUUUUGAAGGCACCUACUAUAAUAAUAUUUGCUCGUGGUUGUUAGAGAACACUCACGAACAAUGUGCAUCAAAUAAUGAAUUGGAGGCGGCUUUAUUAAAUGAUCUCCAAAACGAUCAAAAUUAUGAGAGUGUCCCUCAAUUUUUAAAUUUAUGACA